AGCCCACAGAGCAUCAGAUCCCUUCACUUCUCAUGUCCUGUGCAGGACCCAGGUGGCUAUCUAGGAACCUCUGGGGUCUUACCAUAUGAGAGAAAGACCAGUGGUAGCCCCUGGCCUGGAGAGGCCCACAGACCAUCGCUUGACACCCUGGCUUGGCUCUUUCUUGGCUCUGGAAAGAAUAUGUCUUGACCCCAAAGUUAGCACACAGGCAUGAUCUCCAUCCAGCCCCCCCUUCUCACACAGAACAGGGGACACACAGCCCAGUUCUAAACAUCCCUUGGGGAACUUCAGAAAGAACACCCUCCACCUAGAAUAUAGAGCCCUCAAAUCGGAUCCAUCUCUCCCCAGCAGGCCUGGGAAGGACAAACAUACCCACCCUUGAGGCCAUGUGGAAGGAGCUUCCUGCACACCUCCUACCUACUCCAAGAGUCCAGGGAGCCCCAGGCCCUCCCACUGUGACCCCCUGAGGACAGAGUCUUGGCCACCCCAAGGAAUAUGACUUCCCACAUGCCCUCCUUACUGCAGAAGUCUGUUCCCAGACAUAGCCCUCCUCAACUGAGGGGAAGCGAGGCCCUGACUGAGGGACAGUCAAACCCAGAAAUGCCCUUCAUACUCUGCUGAAAACAGGGCCUCUGUGAUGCCCAACUCCAAUGCACAGUUCCAGCUUGGAUGGCACCCACUCAAGAGUUGUACAGGGACUAAGCUGCUUGCCCCAAAGUAGUGGUCCUGGCUGAAAAAGCCCCAGAAAAGCUGCCCCUGGCCAACAAGUUAUGGGAGGCAACAGGUCAAACUGCUCACCACUUGGCCUCCUUUCUACAGCUUCAUGGGAAUGGCUGUCCUCCCCAGCCACUUCCAACAGCUCCCAGCAGCAGACUUUCUCAGCAGUCUGUUGUCCCCAGCACCACACAAGACUCCCUCACAAAAGCUGUGGUUCUGAGCCCUGGAUAUGCAUCAAAUCACCUGUGCAGAUCUGGAAAACUGCCCACCCUGAGACCUGGUGACUGAUUCAGAUCAGGGUGGGGCCCGGAUGUGGUAGUUCUUAAAGAUCGCCAGUGAUUCUGAUGCAUAACUGGAUGCAGCUGGUUCAUACACGCUCCCUGAGCACUCAUCUGCACCCACAGCUUCCAGUUGUAUGUCAGUUGGUCAACAAUUUUCAUGUUGUCCUUGCCAACCAAGCUCCCCUCACUUUGCUCUAGGCAACAAAUUCUGCUGCUUUCUGAACAUUUACACUAGGAAACAUCCACCGGCCUUUCCAACUCAACAUGUUCAACAGUGAACUCAUGAGCUCCUGCCCCUAACCAGCCCAUCUCCCAGGGAGCCUCAUUUCCCACAGUGUAUGCUCUCCACUAAGUCACCCAGACCAAAGCUAAAGGCACACCUCUGUCCUUCCUAACUGGUCACCCCAUCCAAUCAAGUACCGACUGAAUUUUCAUGGGGGUGUGUGGAGGAUUGUGACCAGGCAGCCCUAGAAUCCCUGCUCAGGCCUCAUCCUCUGCCCAGCAGUCUCCUGACGAUCUCACCUCUCCUCCGCCUUCCCUGACUCCAAACUAUCUACCACAACACAACUCUAGAGACAUGCAUCAAAAUGCAUCUCUGACCACACCAUUCUGCUCAGAACCCUUUGAUGGUCUCCAGCGUCUUGGAGCUAAAAGGCCAGAUUCCUUAAUAUUACCUUUCCAGCCAUGUUACUUAACGGGAAUCCCCAGCCCACCUACCAAACUGCCAUAAUUAGGCAUCUGAAAUGCCACCCUCCAGCUCCUACUUCAAGCUCCAGCCCACAUGUUCCUCUUCUGUGACCUUCCCCUUAAGCCCUCCUUCCCACUUCCACUGUCUGACAAGUGACUUCGAUAUUCCCCUAAGCCCCAAGUAAUUCAGGAGGUGAGCGGUGGGUGUAGUCAACUCAGACCUUGGAAGUUCAGCGCGGAGCCUUGUCAUCUGAGGCUGUCGACCCGUCCAUUAAGAGAGAAACUAUCUGAGGGUCCCAGGCGCGGCAGGACAACCUGCUGGGACCCCCACGUCUACACACUCAAAGGCCGAGGCCAAGGCAGGGACCAGCCUGUCCCUCCCUCCCCGCCCCUGCUGGCUCUCUCCCGCCUUCGGCCAAUCCUCCCAGCUCCCUACUUCGCGAGUCUACAAACUCCGAACUCGCAGUUUCCGCGCCUCCCCGGUGCCCGCGUUCUCUAUUCUGAAUCCGAGGGUCCUCUCCCAGCGUCUACCCCCCAUCUCGGGGGACCCAGGGGAGCCAGUGGGGACCGGAUCCGGCGGGUGGAGCGGCCAGGUGAGCCCUGAAAGGUGGGGCGGGGCGGGGGCGCUCUGGGCCCCACCCCGGGAUCCGGUGACGCUGGGGCUGGAAUUUGACACCGGACGGCGGCGGGCAGGAGGCUGCUGAGGGAUGGAGUUGGGCUCGGCCCCCAGACACGGCCCGCGGGCUCCGCCAGCAGCAAGUCCCUCGGGUCCCAGCCCUGGCUGUGACUGGGGUUGGGAACCCGGCACCCGAGGUAAGCCAAACCGCUUGCCCAUAUCCUGGUCCCAGUCCUGGAUGGACGCUCCAGGGGCUGGGGGCAGGGGCAAGGCAGCCUUCACUUUUCUGGCAUCCUCCCUCUCCUGGGCCCUCGGAGCAGCUCUCUGCUUCUCCCAGCCCCUCCAGUCCCUCUUGUCCCUUGUUAGACUGCGCUAGUCCUGCUGUAAUGUGAGGCUCCCGCUGCCGCUACAGGGCACAGACUGGCUGCCAAGGCCGCACUUUUGGCUAAAAGAAGUGCUGCCAGGUGCACAGCUCUGGGUAUGAGCCAUUUGAGCUGCGGGGGCAAGUCCAGCACUGGACCCAAGAAAGGUGCCUAGAAGAAAACGGUGCAGGACCCCCACCCAUGGUGAGUAGUGGGAUGAUGGAAUCGGGUGGCAAGGGCUCAGGAUCAAGUGACCCAGGAGAGAGAGAGGGGACUUGAGCUGCCAUCAAGCAAGGGUCCUGCUCCUGGGCUCCCCCUAGUGCAGAGGCCCCUAAGCUUUUUGCUCCAUGGUGAUAACAGUGGCCUGGUCUUGAGGACUCUGAAUUCAGUUAGCCGAUAAGCCAACGCCUGGCCCUGUAGGAAUGCCUGAGGAGAUCUGUUCCACAGAUGUGUAGGCAUUCUGAGUCCUAGGGGGAGGUAAGUGACAACCCGAUCCAAGAGGAGGCUGGCUAAUGAGGGCCCAUGAAAGUUCUGGGUUCCCAGAGAGGCAUUUGAGAGUGCUAGUCAGUGGGGGCUUAGGAAGACUAGCUGGGACCAGGAAGGAUGAUGGCUCAUGGGGGAAACUUCUAGGAGCAAGGCCAGGCUACCAGAUCCACAAGAGGAGACAGACAUGGGCAAGCUCUCAGGGUGGCUCAGGUCUGAGAUCAGGCUGCUAUGAAGGCCAGCCUAGCCUGGUCCUCCUGGGAGUGACUCAGACCCAAGUGCAGAAAGAAUAUAGAAAAGCCCACCUCCCCUUCAAGUCUGCAGACUUGGCAGACUCUGCCCCCUGGUGGCCAUAGGAAGCCAUGGCCCAAGCCCUGUGUUUUCAGAGGGCCCAUCAGCCUCCACCUUCUGCUGGUAAGGGACAUCUGUGGACAGAAAAAGAAAACGCAUGUCUCUGGGUCCAGAACACAUAUUACAGAGGAACAAGGUUCAGUGGUGCUGGUCCUGGUGGGCAGCACAGGCCUCACUGGGCCUCACUGUCAUCAUAUAACUCUUGAGUGACCAGCAGCCACUCUAAUUCUUCUCCAGGUCUCAGAUUCCUCCCCUGUGGCAUGGGUGAAAGCUGUCUGUGGGACCAGGGAUGGCCAGCUACUGCUAUCUUCUCCAGUCAGUCUUGGCAGCUCCAGCCCCACAACACAGAACAGGAAAGUUGGGAAAACAGGACCCCUCUCCCCACGGUUGUCUGGGUCUACCCUUAUGACCUUAGGUAAUCUCUGAGUUUCUCUGAGCCUUGUUUGCUCAUCUGGAAAAAGGGAAUUAAAUCAUUUAUUUACUUCAUGGAGUUGUGAAAGAGGAAAUAGUUGCAAAGCACCUAACACAUAGUAAGGUUCUCAAUGCAGCUACUUUUCCUGGAUUGAGUCCAGCUACCCAAGUCCCCUGUAGCUUGGAGAAACUCAGGUGGAAAGAUGACCUCCUUAAAAGAUAACUCAUCUCUCAAUAUGCAAGCUGCCUCACAAAAAGGGUGGGGGAACAGGUCAUCAAAGGCUGAUGGGAGCUCCUGGUGUUGAUAGAGAUGGAACUUGGACUUGGAGGCCCUACCGCACUGCCCCACUGCUCCUGGCCUAAGUGGCAGCCCGCCCUGUGGCCGACCUUGACCGCUCUGGUCCUGCUGAGUAGCGUCACGGAGGCCUCCCUGGACCCCAAGCCCCACAGUUCGACCACCCGCGAAGACCCCGCGCCAGUCCUGGCGCCGCCCACCCGCCACCUCCCGGGGCAACUCACGGCCCGUUUGUGCGGCGGAAGAGCCCGGCGGACACAGCCACAGCCUCCCCAACCGGUACCCCCGCCGCCCGCGCCCCCACCCCCGCCCGUGUCCCCGCCUACUGCGCCCCGUGGUGUCCGCGCGCCGCGUGCUGGGAUCCGGGGCAGCCGCACGGGGGCCACGGGCACGCGGAGCUGCCGCCUGCGUUCGCAGCUGGUGCCGGUUCAUGCUCUCGGUUUGGGCCACAGAUCCGAUGAACUGGUGCGUUUCCGUUUCUGCAGCGGCUCCUGUCGCCGCGCUCGCACCCCGCAUGACCUUAGCCUGGCCAGCCUGCUGGACACUGGGGCCCUGAAGCCGCCCCCCGGCUCCCGGCCAGUCAGCCAGCCCUGCUGCCGGCCUACUCGCUAUGAGGCAGUCUCUUUCAUGGACGUCAACAGCACCUGGAGGACCGUGGACCACCUCUCAGCCACUGCCUGUGGCUGCCUAGGCUGAGGGAUCUCUCCAAGGCUUUGCACAUCCUUACUCCUGCAUCUUGAUGCCUCAGACCUCCCUGCUGGGCCCCAUUAGCCAGGGCCUCAGCCAGAGAUGGAGACCUCAGAACUGAGUUGCCAAGCCCCAUCAGAGAUAACAAACAUUGGCUCUGGAGAAAUGGAGGGACUAUUCACCAGCAGCCUCAAGGGGUUUAUAUGGACACCAGAGACUUCAGCCAUGGAAACAUUAGGAACCACUUCUCACACACUGGCACUGGCCAGGCAGAAGUCUUGGGACCUCCUCCUCUAGAGACUCCAGAAAUGGCCCAGGUGGGGCAGAAUUUGGAGGAGUCACAUUGCAGUUGCAUGACUGAAUGCACCUGUGUUGGAGUUGGCCUUGAACUCACUCCUGGGCACUGAACCCCUAUUUAUUAUUUCUAACUUAUUUAUUUACUCUGGUAAUUUGUCAGAUCCUUUCCUGGGAAAUGGGGGGAUUAGUAGAAGAGGUAAGAUGGAAGUGUGUCCUGACCUUCCCACUCACACACUUCACUCAGCAAUCACGGGCUUGGCCAACUGCUUGCCUCCGCCCAGCAGCUCUGAGGUAGAAGACAUGGAGCCCUGGGCAGAGUGGGUGGCCAAGGUGCAUUCACAGGCCAGCUCACACCCCCUCCACAGUCUUUAGCAUUUGGAGCCUGGGUUACCUGUAGGAAAAGAAGCUACAGAGCCUUUUAAGGAGAAAGCCCCGUCCCGUACUGAUGGUACUCUUGAGGUCCUAGCUUAGUGGGUAAAGACAGAAAACCAUACAUUGCCCUGGCCCAGUGUCACUAAUCAGUAUCUACCGUCCAGGAAACGAUCUUGAAGGUACCCUGACAGGUGCAUAAUCUACCUCUCCUUGCAGAAGGUCCAGUCUGGGGAGCUCACUGCCUUCAUUCCAUGAAACAGUCCAAGGCAAGAAAAUAUAUGAAAAAAAAAUGUUGAAGGUGGGAAGACGGUGCACUGGGGUGCUGCUUUGGGAGAAUGAAGCACAGAACUUCACAAACAUGAAUGUAGGAAAGACCUGAGGAGCCUCAGAGGGACCUGCAUUUUGUUUGUUGAAUGAGGGGUAUUCAUUUAUUCAGCCAACAAAUAUUUACUAAGCACCAAUUAUAUGUCAGCUUCUGAGUAGACACUAAGGAUAGACAGACAAUAAAUACUCAAUAACAUACAUACUUAUUUAAAUUCAAUUUGGCAACUGACAUAAAAAAAGAACAGGAAACUAAGAGGUAUACACGUUUAUCUGGAAGGAACAUUAGUGCUGUCCCUGGCCUCACAUUGUCCUUAAAUCAUCUCCAAAAGAUCAAUGUAAUUCCCUUUCUGCAUGUCCUUUAAAACUGAUUCCUAAGUCCUAGGUAUUUAUUUGGGGGUGACCUAUAUGAUUUGCCUUCUUUGGAAAUAAGACAGGGAUAUGGAGUUGGAAAGGAUGAUACAUCUAAGGGACUAUGGGACAUCCAGAGGAGUUGUCAGGAAGCAGGGGGGAUAUGCUUGUUGAUCUAGACCUGAGGAUGGAGGUCUGAAUUGGUAGGUUUGAGAACCAUCAGUGCAGAGGUGGUGACCAGGGGUCCAUGAGAGCACCUUAUGAGUGAGACAGGGUUGGGGUGGGAUCCCAGGCAUUUAACACUUGACAAAUUUCUUCCCAUGUGCCUGCCUGCUUUGGCAAGAAGCUACUUCUCCCAAGCUAGUGAGGAGCCACAAGAGCUCUGAAAGCAGGGCCUAUUCUGGGUCAAGGAGGUAAACUGUGCCUGUCUCUCCUUCUGCCCCAGUUAUAUGCACCAAAACUUUGGUGCUUUUUUGCUCUCAAAUAUCCAUUUGGUCCCUAUCUCUGCCUUUAAACUGAUUUAGGAUCCUCAGUUUCCACAAACACACCCCACAGAAAAUAUAUCCGUAUCAUACAGUAUUUAGAAGGCUGGGUGGGAAUAUUGAGAAUAUCCUGUCAAUUCCAUGGCUCUGCUAUCUCCAUUUUUUAUUUUGAUCUCUGUUUUACAUUUGCAAAAAUACAUUGCCCGAUGAUUGAUUUUCCCAAAAUUAGGGCAUGGUCUCCAAAAAAGGAAUAUCAAGUUAUCACCUCUUGCAAGACAACAAAUAAUAGGCAGCUUUGAAAUGACAGUUUUUUCCAGCUCAGAGAAUACCUCAAACUCCUGUCUAUGUGCAUUUCAUCCAGAAUACAUAGUUCCAGGUUCUACUUACUCCCGCUGUCUGCAGUUGCCUGGUCUGGAAGAUGCCCUUACCAAUGACUUUCCUAUCCAGGGAUUGCCAUUUUAUUCCUGGCUAAAGAUCCCUGUGAUGCAGUGUGUGUGGACUAGCUGACUGAAGUCUCAUCUUGAUAAGGAGAAGUUAGAGAGAAAGUUGAGUGAUCAGAAAAGAUUUAGGAGAAUCUGUGUGGGUCUCAACCUAUUUUUGGAGUUGUGAAGUCCUUUGAAAAUCUGAUGAAACUUAUGACCUUCUUCCCACCAAAAUGCUAGAAAUGUCACUGAUAACGUAAAACAGGUAAACAAUUUUAGGGGAGUUGCACAGACUGUGUGUGUGUGUGUGUGUGUGUGUGUGUGUGUGUGUACUGGGGAUUGAACCCAGGGUUGCUUUACCACUGAGCUGCAUCCCCAGUCCUUUUUUUAUUUCCUAUUUUGAUAUGUGGUCUCAUUAAAUUGCUUAGGGCUUUGCUAAGUUGCUGAGGCUGGCCUCAAACUUGUGAACCCCAUGCCUCAGCUUCCCAAGUCUCUGGGAUUAAAAGAAUGCUCCACCUUGCCUGGAGUCCACAUACUUUCCAAAUCUCAUUUAGCUGUCCAUUUGGAGUGCAUGGUCCCCAUGUUGUGGCGGCAUGCCCUGUUUUAUACUAUGUUGAAUAUCCUCUUGUAGCUGGAUUCCUCCAAGUGUAUUCAGCUCCAAUAUCAGGGCUCUCUGACUCAACUAUUUACAAUGCCCCCUACGCUUCAACCAUUUUCUAUCUCAUCUCUCCUUUCCUUCUGUUUAUACUGGCUCAAAUAUACCUCAUUAUUUUAAAGAUGAUGCUGUGACAUCUACAUAGGUAGGUAGACAUAUCUGCUGCCACCUCUCCUUUACUAAAAGAGCUUUUGCUGAAGUACCAGGGACCCUGUCCUUCUAAACCCAGUAGCCACUUCUCAGCCUUUAGUACUUUGAACACUCAGGAGCACUCAAUUUUGUCAACCCUCCUUAAAAAACUGAUUUCCCCUGUGUCUGCAUCUGUCUUUCUCUCUGUCUCUUUUUCCUGAGUACUGGGGGAUUGAACUCAGGGGCACUCUACCACUGAGCUAUAUAUCCAUAUACAUAGCCCUUUUUAUUUUCAGAAAUGGUCUUCCUAAAUCUCUCAGGUUGGCCUUAUAGAUUUUGAUCCUUCUGCCUUCACCUUCUGAGUCACUGGGAUUACAGGCAUGUGCCACCACAUCUAACUCCUUGACUCUCUUGAUCUUAUACUCAUCUGGUUUCCUUCUAUUCUUUCAGUUGCUCAUUCUGACUACUUUUGGGUUCUUCCUCUCUCUGCCUCUUAGAUGUUUCUCAGGGCUCUGAAAUUGACUCUCUCCUCUUCCCACUCUUCUCUCUCUCUCUUUGGGCAACAUUAUCUGUUUCCAUGGUUUCAGUUACCACCUAUCCAUGCUAACCAUGCUCACACUUUAUCUCCAUCCUAGACCUUUCUCCUGAGCCCCAAGUCUGUAAUUUCAAUGUCUACCUGCAUAGCUUUGGAAACCUCAAGCUUCAUACAUCUGUCUUGAUAUCUUCUGUUUUCUCCUUUACAUCUACCCUCCACUCUUCUCUACCCUGUUCUGCACCUCACAUCAAUGAGCUUCCCUGCUUUCCAGCUUCCACACCACCUCUAGUAUUCUCCCCUUGGCGAAUAUACCAAAUUCCAUCCAAUGACACAAGACAGAAACUUAAGCGACAUGUUAGACUUCUAGAGCUCUGUCGCAUCCCUCAACCACCGAUCACCCUAGAUCUUGCAGGUGUUUUCCCUUUUCUCUACCCCCAAUACCAUUCUAUUGAAGCUUUCAUAAUUUUUCAGAUGGUUUAUUGCAUAACUCUCUCCAAUUAAUAUCAAUCCUGCAGCCAGAAAUGUCUCCAAUCUCUUAACUUUAAUUGAGCACUGUCACAUAUUAGGCUAUCUGUGAGGAUUCAGAGAUCAGUAGAAACAUGUUCUACCAUCAAGGAAGCCAUAGUUGGAAAUAGAUGUCGGGGUAAUGUUGCCAGAUUUAGCAAACAAAAAUACAGGACAUCUGGUUAAAUUUGAAUUAUACGUAAAUGAUAAAUACUUUUCUUUUAAAAUGUCUCAUGUAAUGACUGGGAUAUAUUUAUACAAAAAUUUGUUGUGUAUCUGAAAUUUGAAUUUAACUGAGGGUCCUGAUUUUUUUCUGGCAAUGCUGAGGGGAAGUAGAUAAAUAAAUAGAAAAGAAAUCAACCAUUGAAAGUUCCUCCAGUAGAAGUAUGACUGGGGUUCAAGUAUGCAUGCCAAUGAGGGGGGAAAGUCUACAUUCAACAAAGGAAGAGAAAUUGGUUCUACCUGGACAGAAAGGGAAAAGGGACUGGGAAAGUCUUCAUGGAGGAAGUAAUAUUUGAACUGAAUCUUAAAAAUGAAUAUUUGAUCCUUCAAAGGUGAACGAGGCACUGGGCCUGUACAGGUUAUUGGUUGUUGCUUUUAUUGCCUCUUAGCUCUAGAUUCAUCAUGUCCUGUUUGUUCGGCAUAGUAUGGAUCUUGGUCUUAGACAGGAGUGGAGGAAUGAGGGCCUCUUCCUUGGGUUCUAUCUCAGCCCCAAGACUCUGCUACUCUUAUAUUCCUUAGAGUUCUCUUACUUCUUUUGCUAAUCAACACCUUAUUACUUCAAUCUCCUAUUAUGAUUCAAAGUCAUUAUAUUAAGCUUUCCCUAUGUGCUUACUGCAUGGUUUCCCUCUCCUGAUUGGACCCAGACUGUCAGACAUUUAUUCAUUCAAUGGUACUGAGGAUUGAACCCAGGAAUUCAUGCAUUGCAGAGCUUUCUUGACUGAGGCAAUAGUAUAAACAAAGGCAAGGAAAUGUGAAACAGGCUGGCAUAUUCUCAGGAUUGUCAGAAAGUGCAUGUAGAAUUGGAGGAGGGUGCUCAUCAAGACAAAGGGCUGGAGAGAUAAUAAAGGACCUUGAAUGUUAUGCCAAGGAGCUUGGAUGUGGUCCUCAGGGAGCUAUCAAACAGUUUUAUAUGGGGUCAGUUGAAGUGUGUUUCAGCAGAUCACGACUCCUGUAAAGCAUGGACAGGGAGGAACAAAGCAGGGUCCAGCUAAAACUGUGGCAGUGGAGUUAGGGCAGAAGCAGUAAGAACAGAAGAGAAAUGAGGCACAAUAAUCAGGACUUGGUUAUAAACUGGUUGUGAGGGCUGAUGAAAGAGAUGACUUCCAGGUAUCUGUUUUGGAUGACUGGUUAGGAACACAGGGGAUAUUCCUUUUAGCAUGUGAGGUAUGGGAGAGAUCUUGAGUUUAGUUCUGUAUAGGUUCAACUUAGAGUGUCUGUGACCUUUAGGAGACAAAGAGGUUAGAGGCAGCUGGAUGUGUGGUUCCAUAAUUUAGGACAAUUGGGCCAGAGAGAUCUGGGAGUUACAGCUUAAAGCCAAGGGAGUGAGAAAAAAGGAAGGAUAAGAGAAGGAGAGCUGGGCAGGGUGGGGAUGCCUGUAAUCCCAGUGGCUGAGGCAGGAGGAUCACGGGUACAAAGCCAGCCUUAGCAACUUAGCAAGGCCAUAAU